GUUGGAUCCCUGGCUGGUUCAUUUGCAGACCAGUUGCCUGAGCUGUUCAUAUAAAGCAGCUGUGGGAAAGAAGAACCCAGGCGGCUGCCGACAUUUUGGUGUAACAACACCAGCUGGGAGGACUGAGCAGAGGCUGGAAACAUCUGCCCCAUCUGAAGAGACAUUGCAGGAGACGCCGAGUCCAAUCCCCAUUUCAGAGGAGGAAUGGCCGCCUAUCAAUCGCUGGGAACAACUGCCCGGAGCGAGAUGGACGGGCAGAUGCCGAGAGGAGAUGCUGACAACAGCAGGAGAUCAGAGCUCAGAAUCAUCCUCGUUGGCAAAACCGGUGCUGGGAAAAGUGCCACGGGAAACACCAUCCUUGGCGAACGAACAUUUGAGUCCAAACUCCGGGCGACACCAGUGACUCUGACUUGUGAAAAGGGGCAAAGGACCUGGAACGGGAGGGAACUCGUGGUGAUUGAUACACCUGCCAUCUUUGACCGAAAGGUGUGUGAUACAGUGACAUGUAGUGAGAUCAGUCACUGUGUCGCACUCUCUGCCCCAGGCCCCCACGCUCUGGUGCUGGUGACCCAGCUGGGCCGUUACACUGAUGAAGACAAGGAAGCCGUGAAGCGAGUCUGGGAGAUCUUUGGAGAUGGAGCCAUGAGGCACACGGUCGUCCUGUUCACCCGGAAAGAAGAUCUAGCGGUAGGCUCCCUGCACGACUAUGUGAGACACUCAGAUAACAAAGAUCUUCAGGCGCUGAUUCAGGCGUGCAGGAACCGCUACUGCGCUUUCAACAACAAAGCAACUGAGCAGACGGAGCAGGUUUCGGAGCUGGUGGAAGUGAUCCAGAGAAUGGUGCAGGAGAACGGGGGCUGGUAUUACACCAAUGAGAUGUACCUGGAGCCCCAUUUAACUGAGCAGAAAGUGAGAGGUUACAUUGGAGUCAAUAAGAGAACCAGGCUGGGAACCGUGGAAGCUGCUUGCAUCAAGUACAAGAAAGCGAUUUGGGGCUUCUGA